AUGACCCAGCCCCUUCAACCACAUAAAAACACAAAUCUACCAUUUCCUUCUAGUGUGCUGGCUGAUAAACUGCCGAAAAUUGCUGGGGAUGGACCGUCGGCGCAUGUAGGCGCGUUUUCAACCAUACAGAAGCGCGCAACAAAACGUACGCGCGGCUUUUCAGAUGAUGAAGAUGAUGCUCGGUCUCCAAAGGACACGUCAAUGAUUGGCCGAGAGUGGCGAGCCUCGACGCGUCACUCUGCUGCAGCACAAACGAAUAAACGGGUGCAUAUCUCUGGACGGGAGUGGAGUGAUGUUUUGCUUGCGCUGAGAUCCACGAGCGUAGUAGAACCAAGCUCGGAUGAGGAACCAUUCUCGAGCUCCCAGAUAUCUGCUCAGCCUCAGGAGAAACAGCAAACUUCAGAAUAUGCGCAAAUAAACCAAAUGCUAAAGUCGCUCCACCUUGGUCGAGCUCAACACAAGAGCACUCUGCAGAUUCCACAAGAGGUUCCUCAUGCGAUGCGACGUAUGGAUACAUCCAAGGCAGUGCAAUCCCGUUCUGGAGCCCCCACCUCUGGGCGUCCACAGGUCGGGUUGGUUGAAAAGGAUACUGUCACUCGCCUCUAUGAGGAAGCAAAUAGAGCUUUGGGACGACUCGCCAUCUCCCGUCGACCUCAUAUCCCGCAGCAAGAGGUUUCUGACGAAGUCUCGUCGGACGACGAAUAA